CAAGCACACAGGACGCAGACAUUUGAAAGUAGUUACACCAGAUAGUGUUGCAAACCUGCCAGUGCCAUGGCAACAAAAUAUCCUGAAAAUGCUCAAAUAUAUAGAUGAAAAAAUGUUCCAUGGGAUACGUCUGUGUGAUACUUAUAAAAAUCUAGAAGGAGAUACUUUUCAUCUUUACAUGAUGCCAUGAAGUUCCUCAAAGUCCAAUCAUUAUUUUAUUCUUGAAAGGUUACAGAACAGAUUGAUCAUUGGUUUACAUUUUUGCUGUACUCUAAUAUUUGAAUGCCUGUCCCACCCAGUUCCUGGAGGUUAAAGCCUGUUGCAAUUCAGUUUAAAAACUCAUUUUCACUGCUGUUGUGUGACAAGUUACAAAUGGUUUGGAUUUUUAUCAUGAAUCGGAUGAACCCGCAAAGCAGUUCUCCUAGUCAGCGUAGGCGAAUGGCUCUUGGAAUUGUCAUUCUUCUUCUGGUUGAUGUCAUAUGGGUUGCUUCUUCUGAACUCACAUCAUAUGUUUUUACUAUGUAUAAAAAACCAUUUUUCAGUACAUUUGCAAAAACAUCCAUGUUUGUUCUUUACCUCUUGGGAUUUAUCAUCUGGAAACCAUGGAGACAACAGUGCACACGAGGGUUUCGUGGAAGGCAUGCAGCUUUUUUUGCAGAUGCCGAAAGUUAUUUUGCCGCUUGUACAACUGACAGUACUGUGAAUAGUUCUUUGAGUGAACCUUUGUAUGUUCCUGUAAAGUUUCAUGAUUUGCCAAGUGAAAAAAGUAGCAGCAUUAAUAGUGAUGCUGAAAAAACUCCCAAAAAGCCUCGUGUAAGAUUCAGUAACAUUAUGGAGAUUCGACAACUCCCAGCAAGUCAUGCAUUGGAAGCAAAGCUGUCUCGUAUGUCUUACCCAACAGUUAAAGAGCAGGAUUCAAUAUUAAAAGCUGUAGGGAAACUUACUGCACCUCAAGUAGCCAAAAUCAGCUUUUUCUUUUGCUUUGUGUGGUUCCUGGCAAAUUUCUCUUAUCAAGAAGCACUUUCGGACACUCAAGUGGCGAUAGUUAAUAUUCUGUCAUCAACCUCUGGUUUAUUUACCUUAAUCCUUGCUGCAGUGUUUCCAAGUAACAGUGGAGAUAGAUUUACCCUUUCAAAAUUGUUAGCUGUCAUUUUAAGCAUUGGAGGUGUUGUUCUUGUGAAUUUGUCUGGGUCUGAGAAAUCUUCCGGAAGAGAUACAAUAGGGUCCCUCUGGUCUCUAAUGGGAGCUGUGCUGUAUGCAAUCUAUAUAGUUAUGAUAAAACGAAAAGUUGACAGAGAAGAUAAGCUUGAUAUUCCAAUGUUUUUUGGUUUUGUUGGCUUGUUUAACUUGCUGUUGCUUUGGCCAGGCUUCUUUCUACUCCAUUAUACUGGAUUUGAGAUCUUUGAAUUUCCCAAUAAAUUAACCCUAAUGUGCAUAGUCAUUAAUGGCCUUGUUGGAACUGUUCUGUCUGAAUUCCUCUGGUUGUGGGGCUGCUUUCUUACCUCAUCACUGAUAGGAACACUUGCCCUGAGCCUUACAAUACCUCUAUCCAUAAUUGCUGACAUAUGCAUGCAAAAGGUCCAGUUUUCUUGGUUAUUUUUUGCAGGGGCAAUCCCUGUAUUUUUUUCCUUUUUCAUUGCAACACUUUUAUGUCACUACAACAACUGGGAUCCAGUAAUGGUGGGAAUUAGAAGAGUUUUUGUAUUUAUCUGCAGAAAACAUCGUAUUCAGAGAACAUCUGAAGAAAGUGAGCAGUGUGAAAGUCUCAUUGCAGUUCAUAAUGUUUCCCAAGAAGAUGGAGAAUGUGGUUGUUCUUAGGCAACAGUAUAAGAUGUCAUGAUAACUCAGCGAAGAGACAAUCACUUGGAAAGUCCUUAUGGAAUCAUGUUUCAGUACCUCUUCUGAAUCUUUAAAUGUUUCAGUUCUUUUGAAACUUAAAAAUAUACAUAUUCUUUUUCAGUUCCCAAUAUUUAACCAGUUUUAUUAAACAGCUACUUUAAAAGAGGAAAUGCCAAUCCUUUUACGAAACCAGCUUGCCUUAUAGAACUCAGCUGGUGAAAUUACUUGACAAAUCAAAGAGAAUGCUGUUCUAGUGAUUUUCUUUUAAAAAAGAAAACAUUCAUAUUUUUGUUGAGUGCUGGAUAUUUUUACAAAUACUUUUCAUCUUCUGUAAAAAGUCAUAAUUUUGUAAAAAUUUUCAAAUGGAAAGAUAUAAAAUACCAGUUUACCUGUAAUAGGUACGAAUUAUCAUUUUGUGAUGUAUAAACUCUACUUGAAUAAUGAAAAAAAUCAAUUUAUUGAAUAACUUUAUUAUUGCAGAAGUUAUUGUGGCUUUCAAACACUAUACAUAUCUUCAUAUAUAUGAAAGCGUUGGUAAUCAUUUGGGUGCCUUGUGAUAUCUAUUAUAUCCUAAUAAAUUCAAGAUAUAAAAUAUAAUGUACAAAGAUAAUUAAAAGUAUCACUUUUGUAGAUAAAAAUCCUUCAAAAUAUGUUA